AUGAACAGGGAGGUGCUCCUGAAUGGAUUGAACGUCGGGAUUAUCGCGUCUCUCUUCACGUUUGGGGCCGCUCCUCGCCCCAAUGCACUCGGAGUCAAGGACUACAGUGGGUUCAAGGCUCUUGGAUUAUGUCCAAGCACCGAAAACUGCGUCAGUACAGCUGAGGAGGCCAAUGACAUAGCACACUUCAUUCCUCCAUGGACUUUCAAUUCCGAGGAGUCCAAGCGCAAAGGACUCAAGAAGACUCAAGCUGAGGCAAUGGAGGAGCUUGCCAGUGUGGUGUCCAGUCUCAAGCCUGACAAUUUUGAGCCUCGAAUUGUGAAACAGACAGAUAGCUACUUAUAUGCGGAGUACCAAAGCCCAACGUUCGGGUUUAUUGAUGAUGUGGAAUUCUUCUUCCCUGGCAAUGACAGAGUGGAAUACAGAUCUGCAUCCCGCAUUGGAGAGAGUGAUGGCAAGGUCAACAGGAAGCGCAUCAAGGCACUUCGACAGGCUCUAGAAAAGAAGGGCUGGGAGUCAGUUGGAUUCUAG